GAAGACAGAUGUCAAGAAUGCCUUCAACUCUGUACACAGACAGCAUCUGCUAGAGCAAGUGUCCUCAAGACACCCUGACAUUUUACAUCAUGUCUCUCAAAUGUAUUCUAAACCUAGUUCUCUACUUUUUCAGCAAGGGGGUUCUCCAGUCAUCAUCCAGUCCGAGGAAGGGAUUCAUCAGGGUGAUCCCCUGGGCCCCGCACUUUUCUCGACAGCAAUACAUCCAAUCUUGAGUGAUCUGCAGAAUUCAAACCCCUCUAUCAGAGUUUUGGCUUACCUUGAUGAUGUCUUCAUGGUUGGUUUGCCCCAAGAUGUCCUAUCUGCUUUAGAUGAUCUACGACCUGCAUUUGAAGCCAUUGGCCUUUCAAUUGCCAAUCAUAAAUGCAAGAUCUAUUCUGGUUUAGACUCACCAUGCCUGUCAAGUAACACAGCCUCGUCUAUCCCAGUCACAUCUGAUGGCACAGUGAUUCUUGGGACCCCAAUAGGCAGGGAUGAUUUCAUUUUUGCUUCUUGUGAUGACACUGCUAAAUCAGGCAGCCAGCUAUGUGAUAAGCUAGUAGAUCUAGGGGAUGUUCAGAGUGCGAUGUUGUUGCUGCGAUAUUGCCAUGUACCUCGACUCAACCAUCUUGCUCGAACAGUGUCGCCUGCAUUAUUACUUCCAGCGGCCAGAAUCCACGACUCACUAACCAGGAAGACAUUCACUCUUUUGAUGGGCUACGAAAAUAUUGGAGAUAAACCUUGGGCUCAGGCUUCCCUGCCAAUCAGAGUAGGUGGAUUUGGCAUGACACCACUAGUAUCGCUCUCUCAAUGUGCGUUUGUCUCAUCGUGGGCCCACAGCAUCAAAGAGUUGCCAAACUAUUUUUCAAGUCUGAAUCAAAUUCUUCAUAAUGUUGUCCACGGUGACCACGGUGAUCCCCAGAGAGGUUCUAUAGCUCAAGCUCUUCGUGAGGCAGUGCCUUCUGACAAACAACUGGAAGAUAUGCUACGGAAUAAAAGUAAACUACAAAGAAAACUGACACAGGAUUUAGCCAGCACUGCCAUCACUGACAUGAUUAUGAUAAGCUCAUGCGAUAGAGAGGCAGCAAGACUUCGGUCUUUGCAAGGCAAAGGGGCAGGGGCAUGGAUAAAUACGAUACCAACUUCGCAGAAGCUCGCACUAGAAUCCCGCGAUUUUCGCUUGGCGGCCUGCAUGAGGUUGGGAUUGUCUAUGCCCUUCAAAGGAUAUAUCCAAAGAUGUGAUUGCGGUGUCUCCCUUGAUGGAUCUGGCUAUCAUUUCUUGACAUGUAAAUGGGGUGGUGGGCCUGUCUGGUCCCACGAGUCCAUAGCUGCAGUGUGGGCAGAUUGUUUGAGAGAUCUCCAUAUACACCACCGACGGGAACCUAGAAACAGGUACUCAAACUCAAAUGACCGCCCGGAUAUCUCUGUUUUUGACUGUGGCUCUGGGUCUAAUGUGGACCUGGACAUCUCACUGGCGCACCCAUGGAGCUCUGAAAUCGUCAGCAGUGCAGCACACACAGAUGGAGCUGCAGCACUAAAGAGAGAAGAGAAGAAGCUGACCAAAUAUUACAAACAACUCCUUCCUGGGGGAGAAUCGUUCACCAUUGUCCCCUUAGUCCUGGAGCAUUUUGGAAGAUGGGGCAAGGAAUCAGAAUGUUAUCUACAACAAUUGUCCCUCAGAUCUACAGACGACUUGGGAAGACUGAACAGGGCGGAGUUUUUGCUGCAGUGGAGACAACGCAUUUCAGUUCAGUUGCAAAAAUGCAAUGCGAAAGUUAUCUAUCGCAAGGUAGAGGGUGUGCUGAGAAGUGGCAAAUAAGAAGUGUUAUCUGUAAUAAUAGAGAAGAAACGUGGACCAAUACGGUCCAUAUAUCAUAUAUGUUUUUUCAAGUGUAGUUUAUGCAGAGAACAAAACUUUCAAAUAUUUUACUUUAGACGUGGCUGUACUAGCUCCUCUAGCCUGUAAUAGUUUCGAUGUUUGAAAUUAUACUACC